AUGAGCGUUUCCGAACAGGAAGGUGGGUGCCCUGUGGUGAAAGCUUGGCUGCAGAUGCCUGAACUAGUAUCCAGGGGUGCUACAGGCAAGAUCCCCCACAUCAAUCGUGAUGGUGACCUAACCCGCCAAACUGUCAUAGACAACGUGGACAUUCUUGAGCCACUCAUCCGUGAAUUUGGCACCCGACCCAGCAUCUCCCAAAUGCAAGAUGUAACCAGCAGGUUCCUCUACUUGUGCCGACCAAGAGGAAAGCCUCUUCCUAAAAGUGAUGUCAUCAAGACCGAAGCUUGGGCUCUUCGCCGACUUGUAUCUAUCUUUGGGGGUGUGACCCGGAGACCACACAUUCCUCGCGAUAAGCAGCUCCGAAAGCUGUUUUCAUGUGUUGGGAUUGAUGUAGAUCAAGGAAGCGGUCCUGCUGAGGAAAAUGAUGAACAUUAUGAUGAAGGUGGAGAAUGCGAAGAAUCGGAAGCUGCUUGGACUGAUGAUGAAUGCGUCGAAGACCAGGAUCUGACUGACCAACAUCAACCAGACAUUGCAGCGAAAGAUGGUGGCAAUGAGGGUUCCCACAAGUUCGUGACAAAGUCCAUCGUGUCCCGUGAGAGUUUGUCACGCGGUUUCUCGUCUGAAAGCAUGGUGCCUUCGCCCUCGUACACUGUGACGCCGCCACCUCGACCUCGCCAGAGUACAGAAUCACCGUUGAGUGCACCAAAGCACCAUGAGCCAGUGAAGUGCGGGUGGAUCUGCACUACGUGUAAGACCGCGCACAGGUUCAAGGAGAAGGUUAUGGAGACCCCAUGCUUUGAUGAGGAGAAGGGGCAUGCGUUGGUGGAAUCACCUCUCAUGUGCAACCGGUGCUUUACAUUGAGUGAUUCUGUGCGUGCUCUUUCUACCAAGCUGUGUCCUUCACUUCACUGUGAAGAUGAUCUUGUUGAGAAAACUGUGCCACAGGUGGUUCCAAAGCGGCCUGUGCCCCCAGUACCCAAAUUUGAGGCCAAACAGGUGCAGGAAAACAUCCAGGCUGCUGAAAAGGAGAUGCGGCGUUUGAAGCUCCUACAAAUGGUUCACUGGGAACGCCAACGCUUGGCAGAGCUGGUGGCCAAGAAGAACAAAGGUGGUAUCGACAACGUCGAUACUUUGCCCAUGUGUGAUGAGGAAAUCCAGCGCCUGGCCGGGAUCGAGGCAUUUGAUACACCGCAAGAGUAUUGCACUACGGAUUUGAACGGCAACAGGGUGACUUCGAUCAUGUACCCACUCCCCGAUUGGCCAAUUUAUGUGAGAGAAGGGGAAAUUUGCCAAAUGGCAAAGAUUGCUUUGAUAAGGGGCCACCCUCCUGUCAUCUUUUUGCCGUCUACUUCACGGCAGCCCCAUGCAUACGCUGAGACCAAGUGA